ACCCACAACGCAACAGUUAUUAUCCAGAAAUACAGACUACUUAUUAGAGCUUUAAAACACUUUUUUUGCAUUAAAGUCAGUCAUUAUUGAUACAAGUUAGAGGCAUUAGUACCCGAAAUACUUGGCUUUUUAAAAUGGGAGAUAAAAAGCAACAAAAACGUGUUUUUAUCAACGACGUAGACAAGUAUUCCUCCAGACACAUCGCCAAGUUUCUAUCGACAUGUGUGACCGAAGAGGACUCUGAGGAGGCAGAAGCAGAGGAAACCUCCCCACUAAGUGAACAUGUUUUCCAGAUAGUGGGAACUUCUUCAACCAAAGAUAAUAAAGAAACCUCUCUGCUUGAACACUACACGUCUCCAACACGAGAGGAUCUUCUUAAGCACUUGUUGGAGUGUGAUGUGGUGGUGUACAACGUCUCAGAAAGCACUACAGAAGAGCAGGUUGAAGAUGCAACAUGGGCAAUUACAGCCCUUCAUGCUGAGAUUGGAAACUUCAAAUCUCGGAAAUUGUUCAUCCUGGUCUCUAGCGUGAUGACCUGGGCCAUGACCAAGCCUCAGAAUCAGGAAGAAACAAAUGUUUUGCUAACAGAAGAAGAGUUUAGAAGAAGAAGGCCGCAUCCCCAUUUUAAAACCCUCCAUGAUCUGGAGAAACUCGUGCUGGUACUGGGUAGAGGUAAAAAGUCCAAGCUGACUGGAUAUGUUGUAGCUUGUGGCCUUCAGUACGGAAAGGGAGAGAACCUCUUUCACUACUUUUUCAAGGUGUCUUGGUUGAUGCAGAUGCCAAAAGUUCCUCUCUUUGGACAGGGCACAAAUCACAUCCCCAUGAUUCACGUAUAUGACCUUGGAGGAGUGAUCCAAAACAUCAUUGAACUCAGGCCAAAGUCAAAGUACAUUCUUGCUGUCGAUGACUCCAAGAACACUUUAGAGGAUAUUGUAAAGAUGAUAAGCGAUACCCUUGGUCCAGAGAAAAUCGAACUACUAUCAGAUCAGGAUGCCAUCACCAUGAAGGCUUUUAAGCCAGAGGAAUUGGAGUACCUGAAUAUCAACCUCCGCCUGGAUGCUUUUGUCAUAAAAGACUCCUUCAGUCUCCACUGGACGUCUGAAGCUGGGAUGGUAGAAAACAUGGCGAGCAUUGUGGAAGAAUACCAGAACAUCAGGAAGCUACUUCCCAUCAGGAUCUGCGUGGUCGGACCUCCAGCUGUGGGUAAAACCACUGUUUCGGAGAAGCUCUGCAGUCAUUAUCAAAUUCACCACAUCAGGAUCAAAGAGGUCAUUGAGGAGAAGAUCGCACUGCUGAAGGAGAUAGUUAAAGGAGCUGACUCUGAGUAUGUCGGUGAAGACGUAGCGGCUGCUGCUGCACAGAAACAACUGGAAACCUUCAACAAAAGCAUGGACAUGAAUGCAGGUCGACUGGCUGACCAUCUCGUUUUUGACAUUCUGCAAGAAAAGCUGAAAUCAAAGCCGUGCAGGAACCAAGGAUUUGUUCUCGAUGGCUUCCCUAAGACCUAUGAACAAGCAAAGCUGAUUUUCUCUGACGAGGACCCAGAGAACCAGGAUUUGAUGAUCACAGCACCUUCCUACAUCAAGAACAUCACUCCAGAGCAUGUUUUUGCCCUCGAUGCGACGGAUGAUUUUCUGAAUAAGAGAGCUCGGGCGCUUCCGCAGAGUGUGGCAGAGGAGAUGCGAUACACCGAGGAGGAGUUUUCCUCUCGCCUGACGAGAUACAGAGAGCUCAGUACCGCCGAGGAAACUCUGCUGGACUACUUCGAUGAGCUCGAGAUUCACCCAGAACAUAUUGAGGUCACUACAGACGAUCCGGAGUACGCAGAUGUCAUGAAGAAGAUUACUGAGCUGGUAGGGGUUCCUAAAAACUAUGGCCUGCAGCGAGAGGAGCAGGAAGAAGAGGCGAGGAAGAAAGAAGAAGAGAGGAAACAGAAAGCGGCUGCAGAGGCCGCUGAGAGUAAACGCAGUAACGAAGCUGCACUGGCAGAGAUGGCUGCUCAGUAUGACGAGUGGAAUCAUUUGUGUGAGGUGCAACGGCAGGAGAACCAGCUGCACGACGCUCACUCCCUACCUCUGAGGAACUAUCUGAUGAAGUACGUGAUGACCUCGCUCACUGAGGCCAUGAAAGAGUGCUCCAGGAUCAAACCAGAGGACCCCGUCGACUUUCUGGCUGAACUUCUAUUACGGAACAACCAGCAAGAAUGACGACCAGAUGAUCCGAUACAGGAUUUAGCUGUGCGAGUAGAUUAUAUAGUACUCUGUCUUUCACAGCGUAGAUAUCUUCAGGAGAUCUUCAGGAACAGAGACGGCUUUUAAGCAAAGACUCAAAUAUCAACAAGAAUGAAAUGCAGAAAAAGUAUUUUAUGUACUGUAAUAAAGAUAUCGCUUUUAUUUUCUUAAGUAUUAUAUUUUUAUGUGACUCUAAACUUCCGAUCGACUACAUUUAAGAGGAAAACAAAUGUUACUUUCAUGUCAUUUGUCUAUAUAGUACAAUAUGAAAACUGCGAUGUAUAGAAAAUAAUACAAUAAAUACACUAUUUAAUAUAAACAUAUAUAUAAACUGAAAGUUGUUUUAUUCAUUUAACUCUCAUUGAGGUAAAAAGUUGCCCCUGUGCAUGCAGAAUGUGAAAUGUCAGAGUUCAAUAUGAAGUCUGCGCUUUCAACACAAGAUGGUGCAAAAGUUCUAUCAAAACCAAAAACCCAAAGCUAUAAAAGCUACUUGGACUUAGGUGUUUAUAUGUUAUUGUAGGCAGUGAAGCCUCAGUGUCCUACUUUGCUUUGCUUUUAUGAAAUAAUAGUCUGGUAGUCUUGUGUGCAAAGGGCCUUUGUUAUAAAACGGGUCAUAAAAUGAGAAUGUUUGGCUCUAAUUGUUGUGGAAAUAAAACUGGUGUCUGGAAUUUGCUUUGAUUCUUUGUGACGGAGAAACUGUGGAAUCCACCAGCUAAUUAUA